CUGAUCGCAGGUUCAUCACACUCCCCCACUCCUCGUUCAUCUCUCUCCCCUUUCCUCUACAAUGUCUGACGCCCCGGCUCAAGCACCCCAAGACGUGCCCGCCACGGAAAACGCUCCAGCUGCCGUAGUCGAGGACCCCGGCUUCAAGGUCUUUGCAGGCAACCUCGCGUAUUCCACCACGGACGAUGGGCUCAAGACUUUCUUCGCACCCGUGCAGGACGAGAUCAUCACUGCACAGGUCAUCCUCCGCGGCAGACGCUCUGCAGGCUAUGGCUUCGUCGCCCUCCGUACUGAGGACGCGGCCAAGAAAGCUGUCGAGCUCCUCGACACUCAGGAGCUCGACGGUCGUAAGGUGAUUGUUGAAAUCGCCAAGCCUGCCGAACAGAAGGACAAGGAAAUGAAGGAGAAAAAAGCCAAGAGGCGCGCGGGUAGGCGUGCCCCUAACAAGGCCGUCCCCGGCGAGGUUACGGACGCUGAGGCCAACGGCGAGGCUAAGGCCGAUGGCGUCGCUGAUGGUGCUGCCGCUGGUAACGAUGCGGACAAGCCCAAGAAGAAGAAGAAGAAGGCCAGCCGCAAGCCCAAGCGUAAGGCUGCUGAGGGCGCUGAAGGCGAGGCUACCGCUACUGAGGGCGCCACGACCGAGGGCGAGGCUAGGAAGCCUCGUGCUCGUAAGCAGCGCACCCCUCGCACCAAGCGCGAACCUGGCGAAGAGCCUGCCGGCGAACCUUCCAAGACCAUGGUUUUCGUCGCCAACCUCGGCUUCAGCAUCGAAGACGACGGUCUGUCUGCUCUUUUCACGGAGGCUGGUCUCAAUGUUGUGACGGCGCGGAUCGUUCGCCGCCGCUGGGGUAAGCCUCGCAAGAGCAAGGGCUACGGCUUUGUCGACGUCGGCUCAGAGGAAGAGCAGCAGAAGGCAAUCGAGGUGCUUCAAGGCAAGGAGGUUGGCGGCCGUGCCAUCGCCGUCAAGGUUGCUGUGAACACUCCCCAGGAGGAAGAAGAAGAGAGGAAUGAAGACGCUGAUGUUGAUGCUGACGCUGACGCCGAUGCUGAUGCUGCCGUUGUUGAGGAGAAGCCCGUCGAGGCCGCUCCCGCUACUGCUUAAGCGUUAGAAGACCUUCUUCUUCAACCUCCGCUCGUUUGCUCCUUUCGCUCAUUACUAUCGCACCUUACGACACGACAUGCUCCACCCCACCUCCUUGUGACCCUCGUUCACGCCCUUGUAAACCCGUUCAAGUUCAUUCGGACUGUGUUGUGUCACAUAGCGACUUUUGUUCAUUUUAUCGUCAAGCUCUCAAGUUAUGCCGUCGCUGUGUCAAGUUUCACGUUCAAGUUCGGCCCCAUCUAUUCGUCCUCUUCAAUUCGAUGCUUCAAGAAAACCUUUCCAGCUUCAGCAGUAUCCCAACAAACCUCUGUGUAUGCUGCUCAGCGGUUGUAGAUACCCAUGAGCAUGCACAUUGACGUACUGUUGUCUAGGAAGGAUGGGUGGUUCGGUUGCCGUUUAGACUCCAUACGUGAUUCACGCUGCUCAGAAAAGUUAACGUUACUCUUUUUUUCUACGGUCAUAUUGCUAGUACUGUGUUCCCUGUAAUAGUGAUAUGACCAUUUCAUGUUUGUUAUGAUCCAGGUUUGAAAAUUCAUUGCACGAACAGAU